AUGCAUGACAGUGACAAUGAUUCCAGAGAUUUUUCAUCUGAUGAGGAGGAGAAUAUCUUGUUUCCUGACAAGAGAGCUGUUAGGAACGAUGUGUUUAGCGGUAAAUUAGAAGAGCAUACUGACGAUCAGCAUACUGACGAUGAGCAGUCUGAUGGAGAUGAAGACGAAGAAAAAACUUACGGUAUAUACAAUGAUCCUACCGAAAGAGGUAUAGAGAUUGAAGAUGUGCAUCCGAAUGCAUCAAACAACGAAAGUUCCGAAAAUCAGGAAGGUAAGUCCAUCUCUGAUGAGGCAGAACUAGAAAGACGAAAGCAGGAGAAGUUGAAGAGCAUAAAGAAGUUCAAGGCCGCAAAAAAGCUAAAGCAUAAGACUGGCGUAAUAUAUCUAUCUAAAAUUCCUCCUUAUAUGAAGCCUGCGAAGCUAAGGCAGAUUUUAAGUCGAUUUGGGGAAGUAGAUAGAUUGUUUUUGAAAAGAGAGGACGACCAAACAUAUAAACAGCGUGUUAAAGGCGGUGGUAAUAAGAAAACCAUGUUCAAGGAAGGUUGGGCAGAAUAUAUUAGGAAAAAAGACGCCAAAUUAUGUGCAAUAACGUUGAAUGGGAACAUCAUAGGUGGUAAAAAGGGGAAUUUCUAUCACGAUGAUAUCAUGAAUGUUAAAUAUCUUUCAGGUUUCAAAUGGGCCGAUUUAACAGAGCAAAUUGCGAAAGAAAAUGACAUCAGGCAGUCUAAACUACAAUUAGAGAUUUCGCAGGCCAAUAAGUUGAAUGCUGAAUUCAUUCGAAAUGUUGAAAAGAGUAAGAUGAUUAAGAACAUUAAAUUAAAGAGAAACGUUGACACAGACGAAGAUGUACGUAGAUCUUUUAAGCAGAGACGGAUUACUUCCACUAGGACUGCAGCACCAGACUCCCAAAAGCAAGAACCUUCAAAACAAUUGGAUAGUGUUAUAUAUAACUUAUUCUAA